GAAGAAGAGAAGGUACCGCUAUCGUUACACAGAGGCUGAAAAAGAAAAAGCAAGGCGUUUUCUCAAGAAAUACAACUAGAAUUGAAUAUAAACGCUGACUGAAAUACAGUUGAGAGCUCAGAAAUAUUAUCAAUCCCUGCCCCAGUCUGGUCUGGAUAUCCCCUGGAGAGAAAUCCCAGCAAAAUAGACAGGCCUGCGCUGCUCUCUGCCACGUGUGUCUCUCUCUGCGCCUUGUCUUGGAUAUCCUGCCGUCCGGAGGGAUAUGGAUCCUACGGAGUGUCCGUUGUGUUUGGAGCCACUGGAGAUAGAUGAUGCCAACUUCUUCCCCUGCACCUGCGGCUACCAGAUCUGUCGCUUCUGCUGGCACCGUAUCCGCACGGACGAGAACGGCCUCUGCCCUGCCUGCAGAAAGCCUUACCCAGAAGACCCAGCGGUGUACAACCCCCUGUCAGCGGAGGAGCUGCAGAGGAUAAAGGAUGAGAAGAAGGCCAAACAGGUGGAGAAGAAACUGAAGACGACAGAGAACAGGAAGCAGCUGGCCAGCGUCAGAGUGGUGCAGAGAAACCUGGUGUUUCUAGUGGGGCUGUCACAGAGACUGGCCGACCCUGAGGUUCUAAAGAGACCGGAGUAUUUUGUGAAGUUCGGGAAGGUCCAUAAAGUAGUCAUCAACAACAGCACCUCAUACGCCGGCUCACAGGGCCCCAGUGCCAGCGCCUAUGUCACCUACAUCCGGUCAGAAGACGCCCUCAGAGCAAUACAGUGUGUCAACAACCUAGUAGUAGACGGCAGAACACUGAAGGCUUCUUUAGGGACGACGAAAUACUGCAGCUACUUUCUGAAGAGCAUGGGGUGUCCCAAACCUGACUGCAUGUAUCUACACGAGCUGGGGGAUGAUGCAGCCAGCUUCACUAAAGAGGAGAUGCAGGCAGGGAAACAUCAAGAGUAUGAGCAGAGGCUGUUACAGGAUCUGUACCAGAACCCCACCGUUACCAGCCAGACCUCAGGAGGGGAGACGACCAGGAACUCUAAACCCAGCUGUUUACAGAGAUCCAACAGUAACAACAGUCACGGACAAGAUGUGUGGCCGACGUUACAACCCACGGGGAAAACAACCAACGGUCUAUCGGAGCACCGUAAGAGCCCACCGUCAAACGGCGGCGGCUCGGACUCUGAACACGUGACACCGGAUGGACCAGAACGUGACAUCGGUCUGGCCUCUGUGACUGGCCUCUCGCUCUUCUCCUCAAGCUGUGACCCUCCCAGCCCCAGUGACGCUCUGCCAGACGUCAUCAGGAGCAGUGACACACAACACGGAGGCUCCUCAGAACGUCACAACCUGGUAGGAUGGAGAACAUAGUAGAGUUUUCAGGGGCUAGGAAAUGUUAUGCCAAGUUGGUCUUUAUUUGAGCGUAGUUGCAGAUUCCCAUCUACCAAGUCUAUCUGUUGAUUCCUUGACAUCUUGAUUGAAAAGCUGUUACACAUUGGUCAGUAUUAUUAUUAUUUUAAACUAAUCAGUGUUGCUGACAUGGUUUAUUCAUUCUAAUUUGAUUGAGAAGACUGACUAUCUCUCUUUCUCACGCUUGCUCUCUCUCCUCCCUCCC